AUGCCGACAUUCCGUCUGAAAACAGCCUUCCCCCUCAUCGCUCUCGUCUCGAUAGGGCUUUUUUUCUGGUGCAUCGAGCGCUAUGACCGUGAGGCUUUCCUUCGCUUCAAGCGCCCUAUCGAUCGCGUUGCCUCGCCCGGUGCGGCUCAAAUCCAGCUGCAGUCUUCGUCGUCCACUUCGCAACCAUGUGACGCGGAUCCUGGUGUAAUGCCCCCUCUGCCUUUCAACGAAUGGCUUCUCCGCAAGAACUAUACCCGCGCCUACUUCCGCCCCCGUCACGUUCCUCCUAAGACUGAAUUUAGCUCCCUGGAGGAAAUCGAGACUCCUGUGCUUCCUCCCAUGACUGUGUUGGAGCGUGGCAUGGUCAUUUCCCCGAGCAAUAAAGAGGAGGCCAUGGCCUGCCCCCCGAUCAUCGAUGUGGAUGUCGCCGCCGACCAUGAUAUUGACGAAACUGACAAGCUCCUGUUUGGCUUAGCUACCACUGCCGACCGCUUGGAUCGUCUGCUGCCUUCCCUGCUCUACUCCUAUGGAAACACCAAGGCCGGUAUCAUUGUCCUCGUCCCCGAGUCGGGUGAUGACAUCCCGAAGCAAGAAACUUAUUUCCGCAACCGUGGUUUGGACUUGACUCUGAUCCAGUCUCCUCUUGACUUCACCGCUCGUUACUUCGGCCUGGUGCAAGCCUUUGCUGAGCAUAUCCGAACCAAACGCCCCCAGACCAAGUGGGUGAGCUUCAUUGAUGAUGACACUUUCUUCCUGUCUCUCUCUACCAUCGCCCAAGAGCUGAACCUCUUUGACGUGAGCAAGAAGCACUACAUUGGAGCUUUGUCCGAGGCUAGCUGGCAGGUCGAUACCUUUGGCCACAUCGCCUUCGGAGGAGCCGGUGUUUUCGUAUCUAAGCCUCUGCUUGAUGUUCUGGAGCGUUUCUAUGACGAGUGCCAGUCUUGGGGUGAGCAGCCUGGUGACCAGAAGCUGGGUCAAUGCAUUCAGAGAUAUGCGGAUACCCCGCUUACCCUCUGGCCCUCCCUGUACCAGAUGGAUAUGAAGGGUGAGGUCGAUGGCGUGUACGAGUCUGGUCGUAGGAUUGAGUCUCUUCAUCACUGGAACAGCUGGUAUACUAAGGAUGUCGUGAAGAUGACCGCUGUCUCUGCCGCUGCUGGUCGUCGCUCUGUUCUCCGCCGGUGGGUCUUUGACCAGGAGGAAAUCGUCAACAACUCGACUGGCAAAUCCGUGCGAACCUUCUGGGUCUUCACCAAUGGCUACUCCCUUGUCAAGUACACCUACGACGAGAACACUCCUGAUGAUGCUAUCAACUUCGACCAUGCUGAAAAGACCUGGGAAGAAGAUCCUCGCGGCUAUGAGGCCCGUCUUGGACCUCUGCGCCUUCGGGAUCAGGAGGGUGUUAUCAAGGAUCGAUGGCUCCUGCGGGAAGCCUUCGUUGUCGGUGACAAUGUUCACCAGUGGUAUGUGCGUGAGGAGGACGAGGGUCACAGUGUGAUUGAAAUUGUUUGGCUUGGGCCCAAGGGUGGCGGUGGUGCUGGUAUCAGGGAUUUUGCCGUCAACAUGCAUUAA